AUGUUCUUCAGGUCCAUGCCGGCCAUGGUGGCCCACGGCACACACCACGAGGACUUUCUUCUGGGCCUCCUGCUGAUGCCAGCAAAUGUGCCACAGUGCUGGUUGUUUGGUGACCUUCUGUGUUCUCUCUUUAGGUUUAUGUCCUUCAUCAUUUACACUGCCUCAGUAGGAAGCAUGGUGCUUAUAUCAGUUGACCGCUAUGUGGCUAUUUGUGACCCUCUGCAUUACACCACCAGAAUCACUGUGAAUAGAGUUAAAGUCUGUGUUUGUCUUUUAUGGUUUGCUGUUACAAAGCAGAUUUCAGUGACUAAAACAGUAAAGAAAUCUGAGCUGAAAGCAGCCAGGACUCUUGGUGUUUUGGUAGUUGUGUUUCUAUUGUGUUUCACACCAUCUUUCUUUGCAGGUCUGAGUGGGUACAAAUUCAUGAAUAAUUCAACUAUAUACUUUAUUGUGUAUCUGUACUAUUUGAACUCUUGUCUAAACCCGUUGAUUUAUGCCUUGUUUUACCCCUGGUUCAGAAAAACAGUUAAACACAUUGUUACUCUUCAGAUACUGCAGCCUCCCAACGAUGUGUAUCCCACCUCUCACCUAAUGUCAGCUGGGAUCGACUCCAGAGUGUGGAUAAGCCUGAAGGAGAAUGGAUGA